AUGCUCGUCUCCGCCAUCGCAGAGCACCUUCAGUGCCCCCGAAAGAUCCCCGCCAAGACACCUACGGACUGGCAACCUCCCUUCCCAGCCUACAGCGCUGGCUUUCCCAAAGCCACCAAAGACCUCGUCUUUGCUGUCAUUGGCGCCCAGUAUGCUUCCGAAGACAAGGCAGAUGGCGAUGCCGUCGCACGGUUGACGCAGUUCACCACCUCCAAAGCCGUCGAGCCCGAGUCUCGUCCACAGUUCGCGGAGUGGGCUGCCGUCACCGAUACCCACGGAUACUACAACAUUGCACACCUGGCUUACUGGCCCAGCAAGGCGGCAUACGAGAAGUGGUCCGUCGACUCCGGCUUCAAGACAUGGUGGGACGAGCUUGAUCCCCAAGCUGAACGCCACGGCUGGUUCCUCGAGAUGUUCCUCCCCACGAUGGACCGUUUCGAGACGGUCUUCUCCAACAACGAGAUUCCUGAGGGAGCGGCACACAUGCGCGAACGUGUGAUCGGCCCUAUCAAGGAGCACGUAUACUGGGGCAGCAUGCGCGACAGAAUGGCAGCAGCUCAGAACGACGAGCUUGUUGGAGAAAAGGUCGAGCGUGCCACGAACGGAACGACAAACGGCAACGGAGUCCCCAAGCCUCGAAGGGUCCAGGUUUCCGGCAAGAAGAACCUCGCCGUCAUCCGAUCCGGCCAGGAUUGGUCUGGAACACUGCCCGAAGAGCGGGAGCUGUACCUGUCAACGAUGCACCCCGUGCUCAUCGAGGGUAUGAACUUCCUUCGCGACCAAGGCGCUGAGGUCGGCUGCCACAGCUGCAGAUUUAUGGAUCUCGUCGACCCCGCGACGGGCAAAGCUGAUAAGGACCGCACUUUCGGAUUGGCCUUCUUCGACGACCUUGCAUCCCUCGAGGGUUGGGCGAAGGAACACCCGACACAUCUGAAGAUCUUCGGAGGCUUCUUGCAAUAUGCCAAGAAGUUGGAGAACAAUGUUUCGCUUCGUCUGUUCCACGAAGUGUUGGUGUUGAAGCCGGAGCAGCAGCACUUCGAGUACGUCGGUUGCCACUCCGGUACUGGACUGCUUGCAAUCGUAUAA